AAGCGUCAAUCAAUAAAAAUAACAACAAACCUGAUCAUGCUUUCUUUAACGGCUCAAGAUUCCUUCUUUAAAAAUAUAUUGUAACUCCGGAGUGAAUAUACUCGAUUGUGUACAUUGAGCUGGUAAAAUCUAGGAGAUUAAAAUCUACAAUCUUCAUCAAAACGUAGCCAGCAGAAAUAUGUUAGCUCUUUAAUUAUAUUUAAAGGUAUUGGUUAGCUCGCAAAUGGAGUUGGUAUUCUCGACAUUCAUGGCAUUGUUGGAUUAGGAACGGGUCUGAAGAUGUGGAUUGGGUGGCUACAAAAUCUGUGAUGAGGAGCUGCAUCUUCCAAAUCAAGGCAUGCUUCAGACAGGCCCUCUUAAGAGCACAUUCAAGGCUAGCAUAUUUCAAAGAGCCAAGAAGGUUGCGUGCAUGAUGCGGUGUCGGAUCAUACUCUGCACUGCAGUUUCUUUAGCAUUACUUGCAGUCCUCCUCCUGGCUUUGAUCUCACCAGUCCCUCAUGAUAAAAAUCAAUCAGAUAACUCGACAAGGCCUAGGCCUAGGCCUUGGCUGGCCCUGUCAUUGUACAUCCAGCAACCUCAAAUCUCGAGUUCUGACGUUCAGCCAGCGGUAAGAUCCGAAGCUGGAGCAUUCAUCUUUCAUCGUAAGCUCACAGAAGGGCUCGAAAACACUUCACGGGUCAUAGGAAAAGCUCAAGGCUUCAUAAUUCCAAUAGAACAUUUUGCGUAUUCAGGUUUCAAUAUUAUCUACCUCACAUUUGAUACACCUGAUUACUCAGGCAGCCUCAGUGUGCAGGCCAAGCAUGUAGAGCAUAAAGACAUAGAAGAACUCACGGUGGUUGGUGGAACUGGAUCAUUCGCAUUUGCUCGAGGUCUCGCUGUUUUUGCACAGACUGAUCCACAGCCCACUGACGUCGGUGGAACAUACCAUGUGAAGCUUCAGCUUCAGCUUAGGUUUCCAGAUCGAUCUCAUACAAAUAUUCCAGGAUGAGGCAGAGUCGUUAGAAUGGUAUUCUAACAAGUCAAAUGUAAACACUUUUUUUUUUUGUUUUGAUUGGUAGAGAAGAUGCAAUUCCACAGGCAUUGGAGAAAUAAUGACAAAUUGACCAUUUUCAGUCACAUUUGCAAACGGAAUGAAUGAAUGGAAUGCUUAUCUAACAUCGACUGUUGAUCGGAACUAGUAAAUAUUAGUAAGAGUUGUCUGUUGACGGACGUCCACUAUCCAUCACAGCUUCCCCCCCCAAAACAUCGGAUUCAAUCAAAUCCGCCUAAAAAAUAUCUCGAGGAGAUUUAUCUAUCCCAAUCGGACCUAAGCCCAACCCAAAGGGACUUGGUGAUGGGACCCCACACUAAAGCAGGCGAGAAGAGAACUGUAGUACCAUGCCUAGAAUGCGAAGAACAAACAAGCAAUUAAUUCUUCUUCUUAUUAUUA